GGGCACUGGGAAGGAGCUGAGGGUGGCCUGGUGCUGUAGGUCUGAGCUUGCCAUCUCCAAGAUCUGUGAAGAGUCCCCUCUGGCCCCUGCCACUUGGCCCAGCCACCCUCAUCUGGGGUUAGGGACUAGGCCAGGCUCAUUCUGUCCUCCGGAGGAGAAUUCUCUCAUUUGUCUUCGCAGGGAUCUGGGUCCUCACAUGCAGCAAGCUCCUGCAAGCACAGGAGACACGGCCCCACGAGCACAUGGGAAGGGAAGGAAGCCCCCUCCUCCCUGAUGGGGUUGCCUGAGCCCCGGCCCUUCCUGGCUUCCCCGAGGCUCCGCAGGCAGUCAGAAGCGGGGAGCUGCUGCUCGGGACUGAAGAGGUUAAUGUGCAUCUGCUUCCGAAUGUUAAUGUGCAUAGGUGAUGUCAGUGGGAGCCGGGGAAGGAGGGAGUGGGGAGAGAAGCGGGGCUUGGAGGCGGAAGACGCUGCCAGACCGCCUGGAAGACCCCCUUCCGGACUGCGGGGCUCGUGCUCUGGGACGGACGGGCGGGCGGCGCUGCCGCAGCCUGCGUGGGUGGACGGGCGAGCAGGCGACGGGCAGCGGCAGGAUGGACCUGGAAGCCUCGCUGCUGCCCACUGGUCCCAAUGCCAGCAACACCUCGGAUGGCCCCGAUAACCUCACCGCGGCCGGGCCACCUCCUCGCACAGGGAGUGUCUCCUACAUCAACAUCAUCAUGCCUUCUGUGUUCGGCACCAUCUGCCUCCUGGGCAUCAUCGGGAACUCCACGGUCAUCUUCGCGGUGGUGAAGAAGUCCAAACUGCACUGGUGCAGCAAUGUCCCCGACAUCUUCAUCAUCAACCUCUCGGUGGUGGACCUCCUUUUUCUCCUGGGCAUGCCCUUCAUGAUCCACCAGCUCAUGGGCAACGGUGUCUGGCACUUUGGGGAGACCAUGUGCACACUUAUCACGGCCAUGGACGCCAACAGUCAGUUCACCAGCACCUACAUCCUGACUGCCAUGGCCAUUGACCGCUAUUUGGCCACUGUCCACCCCAUCUCCUCCACCAAGUUCCGGAAGCCCUCUGUGGCCACCCUGGUGAUCUGCCUCCUGUGGGCCCUCUCCUUCAUCAGCAUCACCCCCGUGUGGCUCUACGCUAGGCUUAUCCCCUUCCCAGGGGGCACGGUGGGCUGCGGCAUCCGCCUGCCCAACCCAGACACUGACCUUUACUGGUUCACCCUGUACCAGUUCUUCCUGGCCUUUGCCCUGCCCUUCGUAGUCAUCACAGCCGCGUAUGUGAGGAUCCUGCAGCGCAUGAUGUCCUCGGUAGCUCCGGCCUCUCAACGCAGCAUCCGGCUGCGGACAAAGAGGGUGACUCGCACGGCCAUCGCCAUCUGCCUGGUCUUCUUUGUGUGCUGGGCUCCCUACUAUGUGCUACAGCUGACCCAGCUGUCCAUCAGCCGCCCAACACUCACCUUUGUCUACCUAUACAACGCAGCCAUCAGCUUGGGCUACGCUAACAGCUGCCUCAACCCCUUUGUGUACAUCGUGCUCUGUGAGACAUUCCGCAAACGCCUGGUCCUGUCAGUGAAGCCUGCCGCCCAGGGGCAGCUUCGAGCCGUCAGCAAUGCCCAGACAGCCGACGAGGAGAGGACAGAAAGCAAGGGCACCUGACCCUUCCCCUGCCACCCCGGGCACCUCCAAGUCAGGACAGCAUAGCAGACCAAUGAGGAGAGACCUGAGAAGAACAAAAGACCCCUCUGCGAGAAUGCAGGGAGGCUGGGUGGUGAGGGGUUGUGGCAACCAAAAACAUUCCACAGGGUCCACAAAUUGCUGGGGAGGCUGGGAGCCAGAUUUGGGGGCUUCAAGCAUCAGAAGUCCCCUUGGGAGAGUAGGAAGAGACCUUUGGAUUGAACAGAAACUGAGCAAGAAGAAAAUUUUGGUUUAAAUGUUCACUUGAGCCCUACAUCUCUUAGCUCCCACAUGUCUUUUUCUCAACUGCCGGUUUAUUUGAAAUCUGGGAAGGCCCUACUUCAGGGUGUGAGUGGUGGGGCCCUACUACAGGGUCCUGGGGAGAUGGGAAAGCGGUAUGUCCUCAACGUUCUUUCCCAUCUCUCAUUGGUGAGAUGGAGGGCAGCCUUUCUCCCAAGCUGGAGGAUGAUAAGAAAUGAAGCAGGCCAUCUCUCUGUGUUCCAGCGUCCUGUCAAUCUGCCUGUAUCUCUAGGGGAUGCAUGCUUAUUUUUGGGGGGGGGGUCAGUGCCCUGAGCCCACAGGAGUAAAAACCCAAUUUGUAGGAGAUCCACUUAUGGAGAAUGACAAGGCUACCUGAGUGGGUAUGGGUAGAAGUCUUGAAAUUAAGAAAAAUGGGCAGGAGCAAGGGGGCUUUUGCAGCUGUGGGGACAUUGUCGUCAUUAGGCACAUUUGUUAAUCACCAGAUCCAGAGUGGGUGCCCGUCAGUGCCCUGCAUGUGCAAGGGUCAUUGUGAUGCCUAGUGUGUUGGCAUCAUCUUUUUGCUCCAGCCCUUCCUCUCCAAAAUAAAAAAUGAAUAAAGGAAA